AUGCUUUUCGCCGUUACUAUCCUCUUGUCUUUGCUCGAAACUGUUUCUGCCUGUGUUCCCACCAACCCCGGCUUACACGAUAGCGUCGUUUCGUCUUCUCUGGCAGCACCAGCAGUACGUAAUGCCAACAGACUCAGAGCUACAACUGUUGAACCCUCAAGGUGUAGACGAUGCAAAAGUGAAGACAUCACGAUUGACACGGGCUCGCUUUCUGUUUCAACGGUUGCCUCAAAGAGUCCUAUUCGACUUGACGCUAACAAUUGUAGCGUUAUGACGCUAAUCUGCAAUCCUGCUCGAAGUACCGAUGUUGGAUUUAUGGUUAUUGAGAUUAAUCAACUGUAUUUGCACGAGCCUUCACCGACACCCAUGGACACUACUGAUGUUUUCUGUGAUACUGAUGGAACCUGGAGUCAACCUUUCAGAUUUACAUUGUACACUGCAACAAUCCAAGUUUCAAGUUUUCGCUGUAAUCUUCAGUCAUUCGGAACAGUUGUGACAGUGUUUGAACCUGUUCUAAUUGGAUAG